GAGCGGAGCCCGGGCGGCGUCGAGCGGGGCGAGGGGCGCGGGCUGGAGCCGCUGCCCACCGGCCCCAGAGCCCGGGAGGGCUGCGGGAAGGGUUAGUGCGAGCUCGCCUGUGCGAAAAGCCGCGCCGCAACCAUGGGGAACCGCGGGAUGGAGGAUCUCAUCCCGCUGGUCAACCGGCUGCAGGACGCCUUCGCCGCCAUCGGGCAGAACGCCAAUCUCGACCUGCCGCAGAUCGCCGUGGUGGGGGGGCAGAGCGCCGGCAAGAGCUCCGUGUUGGAGAAUUUUGUCGGGAGGGACUUUCUGCCACGUGGAUCUGGCAUCGUAACCAGGCGCCCACUGGUCCUGCAGCUGGUAAAUGCCAGCACAGAAUAUGGCGAGUUCCUACACUGCAAAGGAAAGAAAUUCACCGAUUUUGAGGAGGUCCGUUUGGAGAUUGAGGCUGAAACAGAUCGUGUUACUGGCUCCAACAAAGGGAUUUCCCCUGUGCCCAUCAAUCUCCGAGUUUACUCUCCCCACGUCCUGAACCUGACCUUGGUGGAUCUGCCGGGUAUGACAAAAGUCCCUGUCGGGGAUCAGCCCCCUGACAUCGAGUUCCAGAUCCGAGACAUGCUCAUGCAGUUUGUCACCAAAGAGAACUGCCUCAUCUUAGCAGUAUCCCCAGCCAACUCUGAUCUGGCCAAUUCUGAUGCCCUGAAGAUUGCAAAGGAGGUGGAUCCUCAAGGCCAACGCACCAUUGGGGUCAUCACCAAGCUGGAUCUUAUGGAUGAAGGAACUGAUGCACGAGAUGUAUUAGAAAACAAAUUGCUUCCCCUCCGUAGGGGUUAUAUUGGUGUGGUCAACAGAAGUCAGAAGGACAUAGAUGGCAAGAAGGACAUUCAGGCAGCUCUGGCUGCAGAGAGGAAGUUUUUUCUCUCCCACCCAGCCUACAGACACAUGGCUGAUCGCAUGGGAACCCCAUUCCUGCAGAAAGUUCUGAACCAGCAACUGACCAACCACAUCCGUGACACGCUGCCAGGGCUGCGGAACAAGCUCCAGAGCCAGCUCCUCUCCAUUGAGAAGGAGGUGGAGGAGUACAAGAACUUUCGCCCUGAUGACCCUGCUCGCAAGACCAAAGCUCUGCUUCAGAUGGUCCAGCAGUUUGCUGUGGACUUUGAGAAACGCAUUGAAGGCUCUGGAGACCAAAUUGACACCUAUGAGCUGUCGGGAGGAGCUCGGAUCAACCGUAUCUUCCAUGAGCGUUUCCCCUUUGAGCUGGUGAAGAUGGAGUUUGAUGAGAAGGAGCUGCGGCGGGAGAUCAGCUACGCCAUCAAGAACAUCCACGGUAUCAGAACCGGUCUCUUCACACCUGACAUGGCCUUUGAGACCAUUGUGAAAAAGCAGGUGAAGAAGAUUAAAGAACCUUGCCUGAAAUGCGUGGACAUGGUCAUUUCGGAGUUAAUCAAUACUGUUAGACAGUGCACCAAGAAGCUCAGCCAGUACCCUCACCUGCGGGAGGAGAUGGAGAGAAUUGUCACCACCCACAUCCGGGAGAGAGAGGGCAGGACCAAGGAUCAGGUCAUGCUUCUAAUAGACAUUGAGCUGGCUUACAUGAACACAAACCACGAGGAUUUCAUUGGCUUUGCCAAUGCUCAGCAGAGGAGCAGCCAGAUGAGCAAGAAGAAGGCAGCUGGUAACCAGGUGAUCCGGAAAGGCUGGCUCACCAUCAACAACAUUGGGAUCAUGAAGGGUGGCUCCAAGGAGUAUUGGUUUGUCCUGACAGCAGAGAACCUCUCCUGGUACAAGGAUGAUGAGGAGAAGGAGAAGAAGUACAUGUUACCAGUGGAUAACCUGAAACUGCGAGAUGUGGAGAAGGGGUUCAUGUCCAGCAAGCACGUCUUUGCUCUCUUCAACACUGAACAGAGGAAUGUUUACAAGGACUACCGGCAGCUGGAGCUGGCCUGUGAGACCCAGGAGGAGGUGGACAGCUGGAAGGCUUCCUUCCUCCGGGCAGGAGUCUACCCAGAGCGUGUUGGGGACAAGGACAAAGCCAGUGAAGCAGAGGAGAAUGGAGGAGAUAGUUUCAUGCACUCCAUGGAUCCUCAGCUGGAGAGACAAGUGGAAACGAUCAGGAACCUGGUGGAUUCCUACAUGGCAAUUGUCAACAAAACCAUCAGAGACCUCAUGCCGAAGACAAUCAUGCACCUCAUGAUAAACAAUACCAAGGACUUCAUCCAUUCAGAGCUGCUGGCAAACCUGUACUCCUGUGGGGACCAGAACACGCUGAUGGAGGAGUCGGCGGAGCAGGCGCAGCGCCGCGACGAAAUGCUGCGCAUGUACCACGCCCUGAAGGAGGCCCUCAACAUCAUCGGGGACAUCAACACCAGCACCAUCAGCACCCCCAUGCCCCCACCGGUGGACGACUCCUGGCUGCAGGUGCAGAGCGUACCGUCCGGACGCAGGUCCCCCACAUCCAGCCCCACGCCGCAGAGGAGAGCUCCUGCAGUGCCCCCCGCCAGGCCUGGGUCUCGCGGACCAGCUCCUGGGCCACCUCCUGCUGGUGGGUCCACACUGGGUGGUGCCCCCCCUGUGCCCUCCAGGCCAGGUGCCUCUCCUGAUCCCUUCGGGCCCCCACCUCAGGUUCCUUCUCGGCCUAAUCGUGCUCCUCCUGGUGUUCCCAGAAGGGGUCCCGCCUCACCUACUCGACCUACCAUAAUCCGACCGGCUGAACCGUCCCUCUUAGAUUUAUAACUCGAGGCUGUAGACAGCUGGCGACGAGUGCCGUGCUGGUGGCUUCCCCAUUCCACCCUCCCUUCCACAGCCACAGUCACUCCUCUCAUCCAUCCCACACCCCUGCCUCCCACCACCCCUCCCUGGUGUGUCGUAAAACUCUAGCCUAGUGAUUGAGCUCUUUGUCUUCGCUCGUGCGUCCUGUAUUGCUUUGUGAGCAUAGAGUAGCCUUCAUUCAGUGGCAUGGAUCCCUGAAGUACACAGGCUCCUUGGAGAGAUCAGCCACAGGGACAUCCUUAGGUCCAAGUGGUGGCUGUCCGUCCAGUCAUUCCAUCUGCCUAGUCUAGCCUGGAUAAGUGUCCUGCCUGCACCUGUUAGCUGUAGCACCCAGGACUGAGCUGUAGCUGUUUUCUUUCCUUGUACUUUAAGACAAAAGCGUGGCUUAGCAAAAAUAUGCUGUCAAAACACAUGACACCCGUUAGGAACAGAUUAAACGUCCUGUGUAUUAUCUUGACUUCUAAGGUGCAAAAAUUUCAUGUUGGGAACAGUGCAAUCAACUUCAUAUUAAAGUGAGGCAGGGAGAUGAGUGAAGGGGGGAAUCAGUGGAUCAGCCCAGUCCUGCCCGAGUGAAGUCUGAGAUAGCGCACACACCUCAGCGUGCAGGGAGCUCACAGACCUGCUCACCCUGGCUCCUGGAGCUGGGCCAUUCCUGCUGGGGGCACACUGGCUCCUGCCAGCAGUUGUCUUGCAUCACCAUUUUUGGCUGACUUUCCUGAACCCAGCAGGGCGAGGGGAAUAGACACGCUGCUCCCCCCUUGCAAACGGACAGCCAAAUGUUUCAGGGAGUUCGCUGUGUGGUGUUUUGUUGAAAAUAUUUCUGCUUUAAACUAAGCACAUCUUUCAGUGUUUUUGGGGUACUGUGGUGACUUCUUUCGUAGCCUUUUCUUGCAUGUGGAUGGUACGUGUUUGGGGAAACUUGUAACCAUUGUUGAUCACAACUCAUCUUAAGGUUUGGUUUUUACUUUUCAUGCUACAUGUAUUUAAAAAAAAUACUUGAGAAUUAAAAAAUAUAUCAACCCUGUGCA